GCUGCAGAGAGGAGAUGCAACAACAGCCUUGAGAACAUCUGGACUCAAAUAGAACUCUGUUCCAAGUUGCUGUCAGGGAGACUCAGUCCAGUUUAUGACAACGUCUCAGGAAUGGCCAUGGCCACUACCGCGGCACAGACUAACAGGAAAGAGGAUGAGGAUGUCCAGUAUGAUGCUGUGAAAUUCAACUGCCCCAGUGCUGCCACCCGGACCCAUCUGUUUACGGACCCAUCUUUCCAAAACCUAACUAUUCAAUGUCUUUGUUUCACAGGGGACAUCUGUAAUCGUUGCUCUCUAAGUGGGAGGGGCUUAUCAUCUGGGGAGCCUCAACAACAUCAUGAUGCUGACAAGAAAGAGAAGAGUCUCUCCAGAUCAGAACACCUCAAACACCAGCAUAGAGGUACAGGGAAGAAACCUCACCACUGCUGCUCUGACUGUGGGAAGAGUUUUGCUAAACAAGACUUGAAAAUUCAUGUGCAAAUUCACACUCUAGAGCAUGCAUCUAAUACCUUAAAAUCUCAGAUAAUUAAUUCAGGGGAGGGACCUUAUACCUGCUUUGAUUGUGGGAAAUACUUAAAUCAGUCAGGAUCCCAGACUAAACACAAACACACAGGAGAGAAGCCUUAUAGCUGUGAUCAGUGUGGGAAGAGCUUCAAUCACUCAGGAGCCCUGACUACACACCAACGCAUACACACAAGAGAGAAGCCUUAUAGCUGUGAUCAGUGUGGGAAGAGCUUCAGUCGAUCAGGAGACCUGACCAUACACCAACGCAUACACACAGGAGAGAAGCCUUAUAGCUGUGAUCAGUGUAGGAAGAGCUUCAAUGAGUCAGGACACCUGACUAUACACCAACGCAUACACACAGGAGAGAAGCCUUAUAGCUGUGAUCAGUGUGGGAAGAGCUUCAAUCGAUCAGGAGACCUGACUAUACACCAACGCAUACACACAGGAGAGAAGCCUUAUAGCUGUGAUCAGUGUGGGAAGAGCUUCAAUCGAUCAGGAGACCUGACUAUACACCAACGCAUACACACAGGAGAGAAGCCUUAUAGCUGUGUUCAGUGUGGGAAGAGCUUCAGUCGAUCAGGAGACCUGACUCUACACCAACACAUACACACAGGAGAGAAACCUUAUAGUUGUGAUCAGUGUGGGAAGAGUUUUGCUCGUUCAGGGUCACUGAUAAAACACCAGAAAGCACAAACAUGUUUUCUUUAAUCUCCCUUCUCUCCGGCACCGGUUCCAGAUCCCUAAAUAAAGUUUACAUAGAAAACAUCUUGUAAACAGUCAUCCAUCUCCCAUUCUCUAACACUUUAGUAAGUCUGAUUGCCAUGGUAACAUGUGUAGAUAAUAUGCAGCUCUGGAUCCAUAUGUAUCAAGCGUCUUGGAGUAUGAGUGCUGUGUGGGGUGGGGGAGGAGGUGU